UAAGCAUCUAUUCUCCCUACUACUUAAAGUCUUUAAACCUAUUUUGUCUAGUUUCUAACUCGUUAAAAACAACAAAAAAAUCAACGACCGAGUCUCAGCUGACUCGCAUCAACUCGCUCAUUCACUCGCCCCCGUUUAUAUUCACACGGUUGCGAGUGAAAACCUUCAUUAUUAAUUAAACAUAAUUUCAAAUUCUACUUACCAAAUAUGAGCUCAGUUGUGCAGGGCUUCACUAAGUCCCUGGCCAUGACUGUGCUCUCCGAGAUCGGUGACAAGACGUUUUUCGCUGCUGCUAUCUUGGCAAUGCGUCAUCCGAGACGACUCGUUUUGGCAGGAUGCUUAGCAGCUUUGAUCGUGAUGACCAUUCUUUCUGCCGUCGUUGGCUGGGCUGCACCAAAUCUGCUCUCUCGUACAUGGACUCAUCACAUAACAACAGUGCUGUUUUUUGGAUUUGGCCUUUGGUCCCUGUGGGAUGGAUUUACUGACAAAGGAGGGGAGGCUGAGGAAUUGGCAGAAGUUGAAGCAAAAUUGGAUGCUGACUGGAAAUCUAACUCCGGAACAACCAAAGAGGGGGCCAAGGCUGAUGAUGAUUUGAAGAAGCAGAGACGCCCAUUUCUCACUCAGUUCUUCUCACCUAUACUCUUGAAGGCUUUUUCCAUUACAUUCUUUGGUGAAUGGGGUGACAAGAGUCAGAUAGCUACUAUUGGUCUAGCUGCAGAUGAGAACCCAUUUGGUGUUGUUCUUGGUGGAAUUCUUGGACAAGCUUUGUGUACAACUGCUGCUGUUUUAGGAGGAAAGAGCUUGGCAUCUCAGAUAUCUGAGAAAAUAGUUGCCUUGUCAGGUGGAGUCCUUUUCAUAAUAUUUGGGAUUCAGUCUUUCCUAUCAACCGUAGAAUGAUGAUGCUUCUAAUACUGCCACCGGUAUUUAAAGAUAGUUAGAUGAACUGGAAGAAAAAAAAUUGAGAAUUUUGACAUCAACCAAGUCCACAAAACAUUAUUAUUAGUUGUGAGAGCAAGUGUAUGCUCAGCGAAAAACUGAUUGAAAGAGCUGUAACAUGUUUGAUUGACAAGGUCAAUCAAUUUAUCAUACUUUUUUACAGGUUCAGCAUGUCAUUUGAUAUGUUGCAUUUACAUCUGUUCUGGUGCAAGCCACUUAUAAUAAACAUUCAUUUGAUGAAUUUGAGACAA